GUCCCUCGAGCCUUUCAUUCGGUUUUGGAAAAGGAUGAAGAGUCACUUCCUCUCUCAAAUCACUUGAAGAGAAGAUGAUGGGCAUGUUACAAAAAAAUACUCAUUUUUUACUUUCUUCCUUAUUCUUUACUCAUCCGUCCCUCUAUUUCUUUUCAUUCUCCAUUACUCUCUUCUUUUCUCUCACUUCUCAUCAUUCUUUGCUUUACUUUCCUCUGGGUACUCAUCCUCUCGAGACACCGGUGGUGGAUAUUGGCCCGAACACGACUAUUGCAUCAUAGGAGCCUUUGUUACAAAUUAUCACUGCUACGCCCCAAAAGCACUUUUCCUCUCUCUGACUUUUGCUACAACUACUACCACUACAAGCAUAUAUAGUUGCAAUGGCUCGAUUUUCAUUGGAUGAGAUAUCAGACACUGGUGCCUUUGUGAGAUCUGCUUCCACAUUCAGAAAUUGGAUUUCGAGGGACCUGAAUUCGCAAUUUCCACCAGAAUCAGGGAGGUAUCAUCUCUAUGUAUCAUAUGCUUGUCCUUGGGCUUCCAGGUGCCUUGCUUACUUGAAUAUUAAAGGACUUAACAAAGCUAUCAGUUUCUCGGCCGUCAAGCCCAUCUUUGAAAGAACAAAUGAAUCUGAUGACUAUAAGGGGUGGGUUUUUCCUGAAUCAGAAACUGAGGUGCCUGGAGCUGAACCUGAUAUGUUGAAUGGAGCAAAGACUAUUAGGGAACUUUAUGAAAUUGCAAGUGCAAACUACACCGGAAAGUACACUGUUCCAGUUCUGUGGGAUAAGAAACUCAAGACAAUUGUUAACAACGAGAGCUCAGAGAUAAUCCGCAUGUUUAAUACUGAAUUCAACAGUAUUGCAGAAAACCCCACCUUGGACUUGUAUCCCACUGAUUUAAAACCCCAAAUUGAUGAUACCAACGAGUGGAUAUACACUAGUAUAAAUAAUGGUGUUUAUAAAUGUGGGUUUGCAAAGAAGCAAGAACCAUACAAUGAGGCUGCAAGACAAUUGUAUGGGGCUUUGGACAAAUGUGAGGAUAUACUAAGCAAGCAACGCUAUAUAUGUGGCAACACACUCACUGAAGCAGACAUUCGUUUGUUUGUCACUCUCAUUAGAUUUGAUGAGGUUUAUGCAGUUCACUUCAAGUGCAACAAAAAACUGUUGCGCGAAUACCCGAAUCUUUUCAAUUACACUAAAGACAUUUUCCAAAUUCCUGGCAUUAGUAGCACAGUGAACAUGGAACAUAUAAAGUUGCAUUACUAUGAAAGUCAUCCUUCUAUCAAUCCAUUUGGGAUCAUUCCCGUAGGGCCAAAUAUUGAUUAUUCUGCUCCUCAUGACAGAGAAAGGUUUUCUGCAUAGGUGGUUUAUAGCAUAUUUGUAUAAUGAGGAGUGCUAGCAACACACUCCUCCUAACACACACCCUAUCAUUGCUUGAAAUUUAUUGAAAAUUACAAAAUCAUGAGAGAGGGACAUUAAAGAUGAUGUAGGACCCACUAUCUUUUGUAAUUUCCAAGAAGAGAAUGUGUUCAAAAGAGUGUAUUGUUGGCAUUUCUGUUGUAUAAUUGUAAGAGAUUUAUGAGAAAUUUUCUGUAUCUUCUAAGUGAAUUGUUUUGUUGAAUAAUUGCAGAAACAAUAGUGCUUUGUUGAAAAACAUAUUUUCAAAAUAAACUGGGACAGGUUUGUGUA